AUGGAAAGCACUAAGCGCGACCGGGACCCCGACCGACGGCUUACCCUGCGCCGCCCGCGCCGCCCCAGAAUCCUUCACUGCGUCGCCAUCACCGCAGUCAGCCUCCUUGCGCUCGUGGGGAUUCUCGUACUAGUCUUCUGGCUCGUUGUCCGUCCCUCCUUGCUCAGGUGCUCCGUGGAAAAAGCCCACCUCCAGGGCUUCAACAUCACCGACAACACCCUCAGUGCCACCUUCAACCUCACCCUGGAAGUUCACAACCCUAACCGCAAGGUCGCAGUGUACUUCGACCGGGUCGAAGUCGCUGUGUGGUACGACGGCCAGAUGCUGGCUCUUAACGAGGUUGCACCAUUCUACCAGCCGCGGCGGGACGUCAGGAUGCUCAAGGUCGACCUGGUGGCCCGUUCGAGGGCGCUGCUUAGCUCGGUGGAGACGAGUCUAAAGCAGGACCGGUCGGCUGGGGAGGCGGCGGUGGAGGUGAGGAUGAGGGCGAUGGUCAGGUUCAAGGUGGGGCUGCUGAAGACCGACCACUACACACUGCGGGCCUACUGCUUGCCGGUGCUCGUUCGCUUCUCGUCGUCGGUGACGCAGUUUCAGAAGGUCUACUGCGACGUUUACAUCUGA